GACGGACGCAGCAGCAGUAUGGGCAACUCACCGAGCGUGCUCGAGAGCAUUACGAGCUUCAGCGACAUCAACGACGUGCAGAAGGCGCUGCAGGAGACGCCCGACAGCACGGCCAUUGAGGUCGUCCAGGCCUUCCACGCCUGCGCGUACCUCGCGACGACGUGCCAGCGCCUCCAGUGCAUCCUCGAGCUCUUCCUAAAGCACGGCGUCGACGUUAACGCGAUGGACCCACAGCGUAACAACUGGACGAUCCUGCACCACAUGUUUGUCGCGCAAAAGACGUUCGUGCUGCCGUACUUGCUCUCGCGCGGCGCGCGGCCAUCGCGGGACCUCAACGGCCUCGCGCCGCACGACUACCUCCACAAGUCCAAGCACGACCACUACGUGCGCGCCUAUUUAGAGGCAACGACGUCCAUCUUGAGCGAGAAUCCGUCAUGCGACCCAACGUUCAACGAGCCGUGCGUUGUGCAGAUCGUGCACGACUGGAAGCGGGACACGCACGAGCUCGGCGAGCUUCUCCAUGUCAAGUGCAAGGGUGGGCCCGGCUACGUGCAGCUCAUCUACCACGAGAACGACUCGCCCGAAGGCCUCCAGGAAGAGGCUGUCUUUGACCAGUUCAUCCAAGUCGAGAAGGAAAAGACCAUCUCGUUCAGCACCGCGCAUCUUCCGGCGCAAGCGGUCGUCCACGUGCUCUAUGUCGCUUGUGACAAGCACAUGAUGCACCGGCAAGUGCAAGCGUCGGACGGACCGCUGAGCAUCCAGGCGAAUGUCGAAAAGUAUGUCUUCACCGUGAACGGCGAGGCCUUCCACCACGCCAACCCGGUCCUCGACGGCAUGGUGUUCCCAACGAUGCGCGAAUUCCAGCAGUUUAUGAAAAUGAUGAAGUCGGACAAGCUCGACGCAGUGCGGUACGAAGACGAGCCAGUGUCCAACCAGGAUGACACCGUGUCUGACGCAAGUCCAUAUGAGAGCGACAUGACACCGGCAACGCCCAACCAAGAUGGCGAAAAGCCCAGCGAAUGCCGCCACGACGAGCUGCUCACAGACGGAGCGUCCUCCAACCAGCUCGAGUGCGACGUCUAGGCAAAACAAGUAGUAGGGUUCUAUUAGUUGUCCGUGUCGUGAGUUUCAUCCACACCCAAAAGCCCAAAAAAAAUAUUUUUUAUACUUAUCCCAAAACUUAUUCCAAAAGACCACAAGCGAC